CACCUUUCUCUGCAUCUCUUCGAACUCACGUUUCUGCAACUUCCAUUGACACCUUCACCAUACCUUACUCGAAAACGCUAAGUUAUACCUAACAAAGAUCACAGUUUUAUCAUAUCUGAACGUGAAUUUCCUUUGACUUCACUUCCAAAUGAUGUCGUUCGAGGAGGACGAGGAAUCUCUGGAGCAAACCCUCCUUGUGGUUCGUGAGGUCGCCGUCUACAAAAUCCCUCCCCGAUCCACCUCCGGCGGAUAUAAAUGCGGCGAUUGGCUGCAAUCCGACAAGAUCUGGUCGGGUCGGCUCCGGGUUGUCUCGUGCAAGGACCGGUGCGAGAUCCGGCUGGAGGACCCAAACUCCGCGGAGCUAUUCGCUGCGUGCUUCGUGAAGCCCGGGCAGCGAGAGAACUCCGUGGAGACGGUCCUUGACUCGUCGAGAUACUUCGUGCUAAAGGUGGAGGACGGCCAGGGGAAGCACGCGUUUCUUGGGCUCGGAUUCGCGGAGAGGAACGAGGCCUUCGAUUUCAAUGUCGCGUUGUCGGAUCAUGAGAAAUACGUACGGCGAGAGAACGAAAAUGAGACCGGAGAGACUAGUGACGCUGACAACCUCAUUGAUAUUCAUCCGGCGGUCAAUCAACGGUUGAAGGAAGGAGAAACCAUUCGGAUAAAUGUAAAGCCCAAACCCUCUAGUGGAACUGGCAUGCUUUCGGCUGCCGGCCUAUCUGGAGGAGCUUCAGGAAGUGGAAAUCCAAAGGCUUUGGCCCUUGCUCCACCGCUGGGUGGGGCUGGAAAGAUUAGGACUCCUCUUCCGCCCCCUCCUAAUGAUCCUGCUGCUGUUAGGAAGACUUCUGCUAGUCGUGGUGCUGCUCCCAGUGCACCAAGUGAAAACACGAGAAGAGCUGAUCCUUUGUCAGAUUUUUCUAAACUUGAGAGGAAUCUCCCUUCGGGAUCAACGUCAGGAUCGGCCAAAAUAGCGGCAUCUGGAUGGGCAGCUUUCUAAUUGUGUGUGCACUCAUCUAACUGAGGUCUUUGUUUUCUUAUUUAUUCAAUAGCGGGAAAAAAAAAAGAGUAUUGAGAAAGCAUAGGUUCCAAAGUGCUUCACUAUUUGGUUAAAAUUGUCAUGGAGUAUAUUGAUAUGCUUCUAUUGUCAUACUUGAACUCAUAAGCAUUUUGGCAUCUAUAUUAGGGAAAUCAAUUAUGUGGCUGAGUUGGCUUUUUAUAGAUUGGCAUCUGAAUAUCUGAUACA